AUGGUCAAGCAGUCCAUCGGGUUGAGUAUCAAAAGAAAAGAUGUGUUUCAGCAAAAUAUCCACCAGCGAACUAGUUCAAACACGCAAGAGGGCCACGGACGUUCUUACGAUGAUAAAGAUAGUGGUGAUGAAUGCCCUGAAGCACGAGCCAAUCGGGUGUAUGGUGAAAAAGAUAAAGCCGAUCGAGGGAUGAGCCGAACUGAGCAUGCAAAGAGUUUACCUUUAUACCCUGGUGACCACAAUUCGAACAUUUUCUUAAAUCUCUAUGGUCAUUACGAUCAUGUCACCCAACUUGUUGAGGCUCAAGUAUUCCUCUACGUACCCACCAAUCUGUAUCUAAUGAUUGACGUCACCAAGUCCCGCGCUGAUCGAUGGAUUCCCCAAGGAAAUCCUCCAUCUAUUAUUGCAGAUAUUCUCAUUUGA